GUGAACAUCACUCACCAAGUGCUUUCCCUCCGCCUCCCAUUGUUCACAGUCGCCCUCGCUCCCGCUUUUCUGUCUGUCUUGCUAGUAUCAAUAAUGAGUAGCUGCAUACUAGAGCCCGACGUAGUCACGGUUGAAUACGAGAUUGCUGGCGCGUCCGAGCACAGCGGCUCAUACGUAGCCGAGAACAUCCUUCAUGAUAGGCCCCGCGACCAGACCAGCAGAUGGAGUGGCGCAAUCUCUGCAUCCAAUACGAAGCAGUGGAUAAGGCUGCGUCUGAAGAACCCGUGUGUUCUCAGGAGCAUCACUUUUGGAAAGUUCUAUAAGACACACCCAUGUAACAUGAAAGAAUUCAAGGUUCUGAUUGGUCUCACCGAAGGCAAUAUGACUGAGGUUCUCCAAGCUGGCCUGAAGAACGACUCCACACCUGAGACCUUCUCUAUCAAGUCUACCAACCGUGUCGGAAUGCCCUUCCCAACGAAAUUCAUCGAGGUUGUACCUCUGUCUGCGCACGGUCAGAGCUUCAACACCUCAAUAUGGCACAUCUCAUUAUCAGGCAUCACUGAUGAGGCAUAUGUCGAGCGCAUCCGCCUGAAGCAUCAAGAGUACCGCGAAACCGUCACCCUGCGCCAGAUCCUCAAGCACCUCCGCCAACGCCGCUUCCUAACCCCCGUUAAUCAGAUUCUUGCCCGCUCCGGUUUGCAGCUAGAACACCCACUGAUCACCUCCCUCCACUCCGCUUUUGUCCUCAACGGUGCUUGGGCAGAGGCCGAGAAGCUCAUACGCGACUGUGCCGACGCUGGGCUACUUCGUGGCUACCGCCACGCGUGCCAGACGCGCAUGCGCUGGACGCAGAUACGCGGGCUCGACCCAGACGGCGACGUGCCUUGCCGCCGUGGAGGACAUGCAAUGUGCAUUGACGAGGACGCUGGGCUCAUAUACCUCUUUGGCGGAUGGGACGGGCAGCGGUCCCUCGACGACUUAUGGGUGUACGACAUCGCGAAGGACGUGUGGAAGUGCUUGAGCGUGGCAACGUCGCGAGAGAAGAACGGACCGGGUCCGAGAGCGUGCCAUAAGAUGGUAUUUGAUAGCAAGACUGGUUCGAUCUACCUCUUGGGAAGGCUGAGCGAGGGCGACGGUGACGGGAUGGAGAAUCACCGGAGGCAUUCCAUGCCGGAGAUGAGGACGGAGGGACACAGGGAUGCUCGGCCGCCGUGGCUGCAUGCCGCGGAAGUCGGAGCUGAUCCUCCUGGUCUGGAGCCGGGGGCGGCGACGAUCUUCGGUUCGGCAUACCCAUCCCAGUGCUCCGAGUUCUACAGGUACCACACGCGAGGCUUGGACGCCGGAAAUUGGGAUUUGCUGACGUUCGAUACGGCUUCGUCAGGCGGACCGCCGCUGGUUUUCGACCACCAGAUGGCCAUUGACAGCGAUGCUCAGAUGAUAUAUGUCUCUGGUGGACGGGUUCACGAGGGCGAGGGGGAGAUGUUGAAGUUCUCCGGUCUUUACAGUUACGACAUCCGGACAAGCAAAUGGAAGAUGUACAAUAACACUGACGUCUAUGCGUCGCAUCCAUACAUUCCUCCGCGAUGGGGACACUCCAUGGUCCUAGAUCCCAAAUCCCAAACGCUCUUCAUAUUCGGCGGCCAACGAGAUGAUCGAUACCUUUCCGACAUGUAUGCGUUCCAUAUACCCACCAGUACGGUUACGGAGGUCUUCUCAAACUUCACCUCUGCGGGAGGCCCCGAUCCUUGCUUCACGCAACGGGCGGUCAUAGACAUUGAGAAGCAGGAGGUCUAUGUCCUCUGUGGACUGACCCGUCUCCGACCAACAAUACCACCCGUCCUGGAAACCGAGUCGCCGUACUGGAUAUACCGCUAUGACCGCCCUGAGCUUCCUGGGAAGUGGUCCAAGAUCCUUCCGGAGAAGGACGCCGUGGACGAAACUUGCCCACACCCCCGAUACGCGCAUCAGGCGGUGUACGACAGCAAGUCAGGGAUCGUGUAUAUGCAUGGCGGGAACGCUGGAUCCAUCGAUGAGGAGGAGUCUGAACUUGCUGAACCACGCCCAUUGUCGUCGGAUGCCAGUGUCGACGCGGAAGCCGUAGCAGUUGCCCCUGGUGGGCUGGGGGAUGGGGAUGUGGAGAGGAGAUUAGACGACUUUUGGAGCAUGGAGAUCCUUCGGCCGAGUAACGAAGAGAUCGUGAGACGGGCGGUGUACGAGAUCAGGCAGCAGCAGUUCCGGGAGAUGUGCGAGGACGGCCCUCCCAUCAAGGCCCUUACGUUCCUCCAGACCCGCGUCUCGUCGGUCGUGAACCACGAGGAUCCCGACGAGGCCAAGGUCUUCCGGGCGCUGCUCUCGGCGCAUCUCCUAGCAGCGCCUCCGCGCCCAGCAACAGCUUCCGGCUCGGGUACAAGCACUCCCUCCAGCAUUGAUGUAUCCGCAGCGGCAACGGCGACCGCCGCGCGCGCAGACAGCCCUCCGCCACGCAAGCGGUCGCGCCCGAGCACGCCUAAUCCCGCUGCAUUAGAAGCGCCUUCCGUCGGUGGCCCGUCGGUGCUCCGGCUGGACGAGGACCCUGCGGAAGAAGGUGGGAGCCCGCCGUCGCCUGAGCGGUACCGCCAGCGGACGGCGAUGUUCGAACAGCUGCUGAGCUUUGUGAACGAGGACGCGAAGCAGCCGGAUCUGAACCUGAUCGAUAUGUUGUCCACGGACGGUUUCAUAAUUUAGCCGCUGGGCUGGAGGAUCGAUUCUCGUCGCGUUGUGUGUUGCAUGUGAUGUUCCCCCUACACACCUGUAGUCUAUCCUCUUUCUCGUUCUGUUGUUUGGCGUUCGUGUAGGCUUUGCGUAGCAUGCGAUAGGGACAUUGGUGCAAUGGAAGAAUACAAGUGUAC